AUGGAUCGCAAUGCAGUAGGACCGAGUUUCCAUGAGCGCGUGCGCCGCACUUUCAGCGUAGGAGCAUCCAAGAACCAUCAGAAUGGAGGCGCUCACGAGGCCACACCUCUCCUUGCCGGGGAUUCUCUCGGUGGAAGCCACGAGCACAGCGAGACGUAUGACUUCUUCCUGAACAGCCACUACACUCCGGGCGCGGACAGCUCGAAGCCGUGGGUCAGGAUCCCGGCCACUGUGUGGCAUAUCGCAAAGGCGACACUGCUCAGCAACUACGUGAAUGUGCUUCUCGUCUUUGUGCCAAUUGGUAUCAUCGCGGGCAUUGCCGAGUGGGAUCCGGUGACAGUAUUCGUCAUCAACUUCCUCGCCAUCAUCCCGCUUGCCGCCGUGCUCUCCUUCGCUACCGAAGAGAUCUCUGUGAAGCUCGGCGAGUCGCUUGGAGGCCUGUUGAACGCCACCUUUGGAAACGCGGUUGAGCUGAUUGUCAGCAUCAUCGCUCUUCGGGAUGGCCAGUACGAGGUUGUCAAGUCUUCCAUGAUCGGCUCUAUCCUGUCGAACCUUCUUCUUGUUAUGGGCAUGUGCUUCGUGUUCGGCGGCAUCGCCAACAUGAGGGACGGGGCAGGAAACGGCCAGGAACAGACUUUUGCUUCCAUUACAGCCCAGACAACCUGUUCCCUCAUGACACUGGCCGCGGCUUCUAUGAUUCUGCCCGGCGCGCUGUCCAUCGUCCUUAACCAGACCCUAGACGAUAAAGAGCAGCGCGACGCGACAAUUCUUAAUCUGUCUCGUGGAACUGCUGUCCUCCUACUCCUCCUAUACAUUCUCUACCUGUGGUUCCAACUGCGGACGCACCACAACCUCUUUGGCGCCGAGGCCGCCGCAGCCAACGUCGAAUCGCUCGAAGGAAGUGGCCCCGUUGCGACACCUGCGCAAGUUGAAGACGAGCCCGAGGAGCAACACAUGAGCCCCUGGGCCGCGGGUGGAGUGCUCAUUGUCACCACCAUCCUCGUCUCGAUCUGCGCCGACUAUCUGGUUGACAGCAUCGACGCACUGGUAGAUAGAGCCGGCCUCAGCCGGAACUUUAUCGGUCUGAUCCUGAUCCCAAUUGUGGGCAAUGCGGCCGAGCACGUCACUGCCGUCGUUGUAGCCAUCAAGAACAAGAUGGACCUGGCUAUGGGAGUUGCUAUUGGUUCGAGUAUCCAGAUCUCUCUAUUUGUUACGCCGUUCUUGGUUAUCCUCGGUUGGAUGAUGAACCGGCCCAUGAACCUGCACUUUGAAACCUUCGAGACGGUUUCCUUUGCGCUGUCUGUUCUGGUGGUUACGUACACUGUGCAGGACGGCAAGUCCAAUUACCUUGAGGGUGCCAUGUUGAUGGCUCUCUACAUCAUCAUUGCUGUAGCAUUCUUUGUCACCCCUAGCGGAGCGCUUGACGACAACUCCCUCUAA